GACGUGUCCGAGAAGCUGGGUGCGAUUCGUGCCCCCAUCAGCCAGCUGCUUGCAGGAGCUUUGCGGGCAGAGAAGGCUCUCAAGGCAUCCGUGGAAAAGGCGAAGAAAAUGACCGAGAAAGCGUCUGCGAAGGCCUUGAAGGCGAAGGCGGCCGAUCCUCCGACAGCUACCCUGCCAUUGUUCGACCAGGGCAUCACCCACGCAACCCCGAUCCUUCAGCACAAGCUCGGGGACCUGAUCAAAGCCGAGAACCCCACAGCGCUGGACUUGACCCGCCCUUUCAUCGUGCGUGUCGAGGACUGGGUGGCGUCCGCGUUGCAGGAGAAGACAGCCCUGCGAGUGGCCGUGGAUGACUUCAAGACUCAGUUUGAUCUCAUGAGGGCCCAGCAGAAAGGAUCAAGAGCAUCCAAGGCUUUGAACUUGGAUGCUGCAGCUGUUGGCUUCGACUUCGGUUUGGAGGUAGCCAAGAUGUUCAAACGUGGCAGUGUUGUUGACAAGGAUGCUCUUGCAGCAUGUCUCCAGCAGCAGAUCAUGUUGUCUGUCUUUGGGAUCGAUGCAACGUAUGACAAGGUUUCCUCAGAGUGUGCAGGCAUGGCAUGUGUGAGAUUUAACAUCGCUGGCACCCGAUGCGUCAUGAUCACCUGUGCUGUUCAGCUUGUGGGCUACAUGCAGCGGAAAGGAGUGGAGGGCAUCAUCACAACCUCCAGGAUGUCAGGCUUCUUCCGAAGCCUGGGGCUUUCUGCUAUCGCCGACUACAAAGCUUCCUGCUCCUUGGAAACGGCCACCGUUGGGCCGGGGGACGCCUUGUACUUGCCCCCAGGUGCCAUUGUUGCAGAGUUGUGCCACACGUGCAACAUCGGUUUGAGGUGGCCAAUCAUUGUUCAUGGAAGCGCGAGUGCCAGCGUUGGCUUAGCCUUCCAACGACGGCAUGAAGAGUUGGAGAAGCUGAAAGGCAUGACGGACAAGGAGAGCUUGAAAGCGAGUUUGGCCAGCGAGGCUGAAGUGGUCGCUGCGAUAGUGGAUGCCAUGUCGAAAAAACAUGCUGAUCCGCCUGCUACCAGCGGAUCUGUUGACGUUGCUCAGGUCCCGCUGCCGCCUGCUUUGGAAUCUUCCGAGUCGAAAGAGCCAGAGAAGAUUGAACCGCCAGCGGCAGAGCCCAAAGAAUCCUCGCCUGGCGGUGAAGCCCGGUCCUAG